UCAAAGAUCAAACAACUUUGAAGUGUCGCUUUGUUUGUGUCUAUUUCGAAAUUUUUAUAUAAAAAUCCUAUUAUGAAUUAAAUAUAAGUCCAUUUCCACUUCUAAAACCAGCACAAUGGAUUUUCUAAUAACGCUUUUUUAUCUCAUAUUCUCAAUUGGCAUUAUAUAUCCACCGACCGAAUUCGUGUCGGCCGGAUUUACGAUCGCUCAGCUGUUCGAGAAUUAUUUGGGUUCUGAAAAUGUAAAUUUUAUCGGUUAUCACAUGAAGAGGACGACGAUCACGGCCCUGAUACACUCAUCUUUGCCCCUGGGGUAUGUCUUCUGCUUGUGGUGCGGUGGGGAAAACGGGUCGUGGAUGCUUGCGAGCGCCGCGGCCACUGCGCUGAUUCCGCUGCUGAUGUGCUACAAGCUGCUGUGCUGGUGGGAGCAUGACAAGACGAAGCACCCGAUCGUGAAGACGCUGCUGCCUUACGUGAUGCCGGGUACCGACUGGCGGGUCACAGCCGCUAAUCUUAACGUCGAGUUUAGGAGUGUGGACAAAGUGUCUAUCCCAUUAACAGCGACCAGCAAAUUCGUAGCGACUGAGUCGUGGCUCAUCAAAGUGUCCCAGUACUCCAUGAAUGUUGUGAUGCAGAGAGACUGCGCUCUUGUUGCUACUGCUACUGACACCCACAACCUCACACCAUCUGGUGAAGAUGAAGUGCAGUACAUCAACAUAGAGGCGAUCCCGUCGCGUGACGACGUGGCUCGUUUCACGUUCCGCGUGUCGACGAUGGCGCUGCGCGACCUGCAGCCGCGGCUGGCGAGGCCGGUGCGCGUGCCCGAGCACAUCGCGCUCAUGCCCACGCUCGUCGAGAGGUUCGUCGGUGUGUUCAAGCAGUAUGUCGAUCAGAACCCCGUGUAUUUUAUUGAUGAUGAACCAGAGUUAUGCAUCGGGUGUAUGGUGGCGCCAGCUGACGUGAAGUUGAAUAAACGUUGUCUACCUCCGCCGGCGCACGUCGAGAUGCCACCGCCCGAGUGCCAGGAAUGCAACUGCAGGGUGCUGUGGUGCGCGGCGUGCAUGGCGCGCUGGUGGGCGGCGCGCGCGGCGGGCCCGCCGGCGCAGUGGCUGGCGGGGCGCUGCACCUGCCCCGUGUGCCGCGCGCGCUUCUGUCUGCUCGACGUGCGCCCCGCCCGGCCGCCGCCCCGCUCUACCGGUAGCCGGUAACCAAAAACACAUUCAAUACGGAAGCAUAUAUUAUCACUAUUCAUCUAAACCUCAACACAUUAUAAAAUCCACAUCACAUUCAAUUUAGAAUUAUAUUUUAUUUUGAAUUACAGUGGACAAAAUCAGUACCAAUAAUACCUACCUAAACAUUUCUUGAACUGGUUAAACAUAAGAAUUUAAAGUUUAAACAAUAUCCUCUGUAAUAACUUACUUUAUUGUAAUGUAACUUUGCCAGUUUAUGAAAGGUGCGCUUUCAUACCCAAUAUUCUAUGAUCCGUUAAUUUUACCUUACAUAACUUAUGAACUGUAUAGUUUAAUUUUAGCCAAACAAACAAGGAAUACUAUAAUAUAAUUAAUAAGUCAACCAAAAGUCCGCAUAUAAUCAUAGUGCUAAAUUUGUUACGUCCGCCCUUUAUUAAUAUAUUUGUUGCCUUCUGUGGCACUAAUGGUUUAUAGUUACAUUAUAAUGUACUUACCAAUAAACGUCUUUAAAUGUUUAUCGAUUCAGUGUUUUGGCUCUUCCGCUAUGAAAUUAUAUUACGUAAGAAAAAAUACUAAACUGUAGCUAAGUAAAACACUAAAUGUUUCUAACAUUUAUUGCUAAGCAGUAGAUGUUUUAAAAUCUUGGUGUUUUAGAAAACAUUAUACAAUCUGAUUUACUGUUUAAAAUAUCGAAUAGGAAAAACUGGAUAAAGAUUUUGAAUCUCUGUAAAUUAUGUUGUUUUUGAAAUUGGUAUUUUUAAAACUAAUACAAUGUAUAUUUUGACAUAAAUGUUGCAUACUAUUUGAUUGUUUAUCGCUUGUUAGUUGAAUUAGUUGCAAUGACAAUUAUUAAUUUAAUAUUUUUCUGGCUUAUUUCUCCCUAAAUAGAGAUAACGAACUAGAAUCUAGAUUUACAUGGUAUAGUAAUAAACUGUGUUUGUUACCCUGAAACAUCUUUUUUGGAUGUUAAGUCUCAUGUAGUCCAAUAUAUUUUAUAAUAUAAUAAUACAUUUUAUUAUUUAAUAAUCAUAUUUUAAUCUUCUUCAAACCAAAAUGCAUAUCCUGUUUAAAAAUAGAUCAUAUGAAAUUCUAAUAAAAUUGUGAAAUGAAAAAAUUCUGACACAUAAUUUUUUAAAGAUUUGGUAAAAAAAAUAGUUUGGUUUAAUAUUGGUAUUUGGUAGUUAUUUAAAAUGAAAAUUUUAUAAUUAAAAUUAUAUGGGGUUUUCUUUUUUAACAGUAGAUUCUAUAAUGAAUCCGGCUCGAAGGAUCGUCUACGUAGUUAAGAACAGGAACUCUUGCCUUAGGCUUUUAUAUUUUUUUAUUAGACGAAUUUAUUGUGUAAUACAUAAUUUGUGUUGGUUCGUUAAAAAUGAAUUAGUUUGUUAAUCUACUUAGACCUGAAUUUGUCAGGUUUCUAAUAUUAUAUAAUUCAAAUUUCAAUCUUAAAUUUUAUAUAAUGUUUUAGUUAGUAAUUAAAGUAAGUAAUGAAAUGCAUAAUUUUAAAUUUUACUGUGUAUGUGUAAUACUAUAAUGUAUUUGUAAUUACACGGAAACGGGUGAUAUGAUGUGACAAUGAACAUGGAAUGGGAUUUGUGUGGGAUGUGAUAAUGCAUUUACAAGCUGUUUUGUGUACGCAGCCUGAUCGCAAGCGGACUGGUGACGUGUGCAGCGGUUGUACUGAAAUGUAUCUUUGCCCGAAGAGUUUAGAAAACAGUGUUUACAAUGUUCAUGUAACAUAAUGUUUAUCUUCCUGCAGCAGUCUUCAAGAGUCCGCUUGCAGUCUGGGACUUUAGCUUCAUGGGUGAAUUUCACGCGAAUAUUAAUUAUUUUAAGGUCAUUUAUACCUUAAGAUGCGAAUUUUGCGCCAUUGUACGAUGCGUAAAUGAUUAUAUUUCAACGAUACUACCGAAGCAACGAAUACGAAAGUCGUUUUAUAUAUUGUAUAUACUGCUUUCACUUAGUAAUCUAACAGGAAAUAUAAUAUUUAUGUAUAUCUUUGUUUGUUUUAAAUAUGAGCAAAGUUACGAGCAAUGACAAAGUUUAGUUACAUUUUCAGAUUGUCGUGUGAAAUGCGCACAUGGAGUUGGUCCAUUAUGUAGUUAUAUAUUUUUAUAUGACUUAUUAUUGUUCAAGAAACUGAUUACGUAAAGAAAUAUUGAUUUUAAAAUUACGUCCUACCCUUUCGCCUAUGUUUCUAAGUUAAUAAGAGGUACAGCUAAAGAAGAAUAUAUUAUAAUAAUAUCAGCCCUGUAUUAUACACUGUCCCACUGCUAGGCACGGGCCUCCUUUACUACUGAGAGGGAUUAGGCCUUAGUCCACCACGCUGGCCUAGCGCGGAUUGGUAGACUUCACUCACCCUUAAAAUUCUUAUAGAGAACUUCUCAGGUUUCGUCACGAUAUUUGCCUUCACCGCUAAAGAAAGCGAUAAUUCACAAAGAGUACACAAAUAACUUUAGAAAAGUUAGAGAUGCGUGCCUUUGGGUUUUGAACCUGCAGUCACUCAGCCGACUGUUCCACAACCAACUAAGCUAUCGCCGCAAAGAGGCGUAUACAUCAAAAUAAUAGGAAAAGCAUAGGCGGCUCUCGCCCUGUUACGAUUCAUGUUGGCUAUUUUUGUGGCAGCUUAAAUAAGACUAAGUGAUUAUGGGCGGUAAAAGAACUCGAAUACGUAAUCAUUUUCUUUAACAUGCGGAUUAUUUAUAUGUAUAUUUUUAUACUUAUUUUAGAUUGUAAAGGUGUAAUAUAUAGAUGGUUGCGCACUCUUGUAGAAGCGAAAAGGUACCUACUCUACUACUACUCCAUGUAUAGAAUUAAAUGUAAUAACCAAAAAUCAUAAUAAAUAUAUGAAUAAAU